AAGUCACCGUCAUGGACGUUAUUAAUUCUUAGCUUAUAUAAAAAAAGCUAGUAUCAGCAAGCUAACUAAGGAAAACAACAUCCAACAUUGCCUUGAAGUAAGAAGAAUGGGCUCUAGUUGGUUGAGAGGUCCCCUUCAUCGGCUGAUGGAGACCCAUUGCGUCAAGCUAGCAGUUGAAGAUGAUCGAUCGAGUUGAAUAAUCUUGUCCGUCGUUGAUCGGAACAUUCAACUCCGGUGGUCUUCUUCUCUUCAUCAAUAAUUCCCCGGCCGCCGCAGCGUUUCUCCAUCUCCCUCCCUGUGUCUCCGCGCGCGAUGAGCAGCAGCAACGGCGGCGGAGAUGAUGGCGGCGAGGACGACGUCCUGGACCACGAGUACCAAGAGGAGUACGUGAGGAACUCGCGGGGGAUGAGCCUCUUCGCCUGCAGAUGGCUGCCUGGGAAGAAGAGGAAUAAGGAUGCUCGUCCUCCCAAGGCGCUCGUCUUCCUCUGCCACGGCUACGCCGUUGAGUGCGGCGUGACCAUGCGCGGCACCGGCGAGCGCCUGGCCCGUGCCGGGUACGCCGUGUACGGCCUAGACUACGAGGGCCACGGCCGCUCCGACGGCCUGCAGGGCUACGUCCCAGACUUCGAGGCCCUCGUCCAGGACUGCGACGACCACUUCGCCUCCGUCGUCCGCUCCCACGGCGCCACCGUCAGGCACCGCUUCCUGCUCGGCGAGUCCAUGGGCGGCGCCGUCGCUCUCCUCCUCCACCGCGCACGCCCCGACUUCUGGACGGGCGCCGUGCUCGUGGCGCCCAUGUGCAAGAUCGCCGACGACAUGCGACCUCACCCCGUGGUCGUCAGCAUCCUGAGGGCCAUGACCUCCAUCAUACCCACCUGGAAGGUCGUGCCCACCAACGACGUUAUCGACGCCGCCUACAGGACGCAGGAGAAGAGGGACGAGAUCCGGGGCAACCCCUACUGCUACAAGGACAAGCCGCGCCUCAAGACCGCGUCCGAGCUGCUCAAGGUCAGCCUGGACGUGGAGGCAAACAUCCUGCACCAGGUGUCGUUGCCGUUCCUGAUCGUGCACGGCGGCGCGGACAAGGUCACGGACCCUUCGGUGAGCGAGUUGCUGUAUCGGUCGGCGGCGAGCCAGGACAAGACGCUCAAGCUCUACCCAGGCAUGUGGCAUGCCCUCACCUCCGGCGAGUCGCCCAACAAUAUCUCGACAGUUUUCCAAGACAUCAUUGCUUGGCUGGACCACAGAUCAUCCCAUACAACGACGUCGAUGGAGGAGUUGCCGGAGGUGGAGCAGAAGGCCAGGCAUGACGACCAACAUCACCAGCAGCAUGGCAACAAAUAGCUAGCUGCUUUAUAUAUACGUGUAGGAUCCAAUAUAAUUGAAGAUUUCAAAUUAAAUGAGAUAUUUUGUGGAUAUAUACAUGUAUAUCACUGUCAGUGAUACCAGCUUAGCAACAGAAGACUCUAAAGACGACAUUCGAUGAAAUCCAUCAAAUGUUCUAUACAUUAA